CGUACAGACUACCCGAAUCCACAGUUCAGAGGACCGAAUAUCGUGUUGCUCGGAAGUAAAUAGAUAUAUUAUAUAGUAUAGGUUGUAUGUUUUGUCGAUGAUGAUUUAAAGACUUCAGUUUCUGUGACCCCCCAACCAUGGUUUUCUCCUCGUGGAUGUCUCGCCUGCGUUCUUCCUCCAAACCCAUUUACUCCAAACUCAGACAUUCCUUUUCCCUCAAGCAGACCACUUCUCUACAAACAAGUCCUGCCCCAGAGUUUGCGAGCUCUGAAUAUGUGCGGAAACCAUUUGUAUCGUCGUGGGCUGGCCCUUUACUUCCAUUGGCGCUUGCUGUCUCCGCUGGAUCUCUUGCUUUCCAAUCAUGCGACAAUAACGGCCCGUCGUACUGUCAAGCCCCAAAUCUUGAUCAAACAAGUAAGAGAAUUGGUGGCAAAGACAGCACUGAUUUCUUAGUCAAAGGUUCAUACAAGAAAGUCCCACAAGAGCUUAUGGAAGAAUUACAGGCUAUAUGUAAGGAAAAUAUGACAAUGGACUAUGAUGAGAGAUACUUUCAUGGGAAGCCGCAGAACAGCUUUCACAAGGCAGUUAAUAUCCCUGAUGUAAUUGUUUUCCCAAGGUCCGAAGAGGAGGUGUCUAAGAUAGUUGCUUCGUGUAAUAAGUACAAGGUUCCUAUUGUGCCAUAUGGUGGAGCUACCUCAAUUGAAGGUCAUACUUUAUCCCCCAGUGGUGGAGUUUGCAUUGACAUGACGCUAAUGAAACAAGUCAAAUCAUUAAAUGUUAAGGACAUGGAUGUGGUUGUUGAACCCGGGAUUGGAUGGAUGGAGCUUAAUGAAUACCUUGAACCUUAUGGUUUAUUCUUCCCUCUGGAUCCUGGCCCUGGAGCAACCAUAGGUGGAAUGUGCGCUACACGUUGCUCUGGUUCUUUGGCUGUAAGGUAUGGGACUAUGCGCGAAAACGUCAUCAACCUUAAGGUUGUUCUAGCCAAUGGAGAGGUUGUCAAGACUGGAUCUCGUGCCAGGAAAAGUGCUGCGGGGUACGAUCUAACACGCCUCAUGAUUGGAAGUGAAGGAACCUUGGGUGUCAUAACAGAAGUUACAUUGCGUCUGCAAAAGAUCCCUCAGCACUCAGUGGUAGCAAUGUGUAACUUUCCUUCAGUAAAAGAUGCAGCGGAUGUUGCUAUUGCCACUAUGCUGUCUGGCAUACAGGUAUCAAGGGUGGAGCUUCUCGAUGAAGUUCAAGUAAGGGCAAUUAACCUUGCAAACGGGAAAAAUUUGCCUGAAGCUCCGACUUUGAUGUUUGAAUUUAUUGGCACAGAAGCAUACUCACGUGAACAGACACUUAUAGUUCAGAAGAUAGCUCAAGAGCACAAUGGCUCGGAUUUUGUGUUUGCGGAGGAUGCUGAAGCCAAAAAGGAACUGUGGAAGAUAAGGAAGGAGGCACUUUGGGCUUGUUUCGCGAUGGAACCAAAUUUUGAAGCAAUGAUAACGGAUGUAUGUGUUCCGCUAUCACGGCUUGCAGACCUAAUAUCAAGAUCCAAGCAAGAACUAGAUUCUUCGUCUUUAGUUUGCACGGUUAUUGCUCAUGCUGGUGACGGAAACUUCCACACAGUGGUUUUGUUUGAUCCUAAUCAAGAGGAGCAACGGAAGGAAGCAGAGAGAUUAAACCAUUUCAUGGUCCACGCGGCUUUAGACAUGGAAGGAACAUGCACCGGAGAACAUGGAGUUGGCACUGGGAAAAUGAAGUAUCUGGAAAAAGAACUCGGGAUGGAGGCGCUAAAGACUAUGAAAAGGAUUAAAGCUGCUUUGGAUCCCAAUGACAUUAUGAAUCCUGGAAAGCUCAUUCCUCCCCAUGUUUGUUUCUAGUUUUGCAUAUUUUGUAUCAACUGUUGUGGCGGAAUGAUGAUGCAUUAGGACAACCUUGAGAUUGAUACAAAGAUUUUGGUGAAGUUCCUCUUGUCUUCUUUUCUUAAACCUUAUGUGUAUGUAAAUCCUAAUAGAUCAGACUUUUUGGAAGCCUCUUGUUGUGAAAAGGAUACACUAAGCAAACCAA